CGAAUCUCCUAACACUCCAUACAAUAAUUUAAACAUGGCACUCCUCGUAGACAAACAUAGGCCUCGGAAUCUCGAGGCUCUGAACUACCACCCAGAGCUUUCUGAGCGCCUCAGAGCUCUUGCACAAAGCGGUGACUUCCCUCAUCUCCUCGUAUACGGACCGUCCGGUGCAGGCAAGAAGACCCGCAUUGUCGCAACGCUCAAGGAACUGUACGGCCCCGGUGUCGAAAAGAUCAAGAUCGAUGCCCGCGUCUUCCAAACAACCACAAACCGCAAGCUCGAGUUCAACAUCGUCGCAUCCGUAUAUCACCUCGAGAUUACGCCUUCAGAUGUUGGCAACUACGACAGAGUGGUCGUGCAGGACUUGCUCAAGGAGGUCGCGCAAACACAACAGGUCGAUCUGAGCGCAAAACAGCGCUUCAAGGUCGUCGUGAUCAAUGAGGCAGACCACUUGACGCGAGAUGCGCAAGCGGCGCUGAGGAGAACUAUGGAGAAGUACAGCCCUAACCUUCGGUUGAUUCUGCUGGCGAACUCUACGAGUAACAUCAUCGCACCCAUUCGCAGUAGAACACUGCUGGUCAGAGUUGCAGCACCAACAGAGGACGAAAUCUGUGGAGUUCUGAAAACUGUAGGAAAGAAGGAAGGCUGGGGCGAGGUCGUACCUCUCAACAAAAGAAUUGCGAAGGAGAGCGGGAGAAAUUUGCGGAAAGCCUUGCUCAUGUUUGAGGCUGUCCACGCACAGAACGAGAAAGUCACAGACCAAACACACAUCCCACCUCCAGACUGGGAAGCACUCAUCGAACAGAUCGCGAGGCAAAUUGUCGAAGAACGAAGCCCACAGCGAUUAUUGCAGGUCCGCGCUUCGCUCUACGAUCUCCUCUCGCACUGCAUCGAUUCGACAACGAUCAUCAAGACGCUCACCUGGAAGCUGAUACCGAAGACGGACGACGCGCUCAAACCAGAGGUCAUAAAGUGGGCAGCUUUCUACGAGCAUCGCUGCAAGAUGGGCAGCAAGCAGAUCUUCCAUCUAGAAGCAUUUGUUGCGAAGUACAUGAGGUUAUACGAAAGCUACUCUAUGGGCAUCGACUUCGACUCAGCGUGAUGAACCAACUCUUAGCCAUGCCAAUGGCAACAAUAUGCCAAUUGAGCAUUUUCGUAUGGGCUUGCAUGCAGCAGAAAGGUGUUUGGCGUUAAAGUGGGGACGGGCAAUGUCACUACGUCAUUCGUCGCAUAUGUGUUGAGCUUCACCACGAGCUCCAUCAUAGCUUCAACGAACAUCAAUUUCACC